GGGAAUCAGAUUCGGGCAGCGCCAGGCGAGGCUUCACCAUGGCUCAAGCUGAUAUUGCGUUGAUCGGACUGGCGGUAAUGGGCCAGAACUUGAUUCUGAACAUGAACGAUCACGGCUUUGUGGUCUGUGCCUUCAAUAGAACCGUGUCCAAAGUGGACAGCUUCCUGGAGAAAGAGGCCAAGGGGACCAAGGUGAUCGGCGCCCGCUCUCUGGAGGAGAUGGUUUGCAAGCUGAAGAAGCCCCGACGCGUUGUUCUCUUGGUGAAGGCCGGCCAGGCGGUUGACGACUUUAUCGAGAAGCUGGUUCCUUUACUGGAGAAGGGUGAUAUCAUUAUUGACGGUGGGAAUUCUGAAUACAAUGACACCACGCGGAGAUGUAAAGAGCUGAAAGCCAAGGGUCUGCUCUUUGUGGGGAGUGGAGUCAGCGGUGGCGAGGACGGAGCCAGAUACGGGCCUUCGUUGAUGCCUGGAGGACACAAGGAAGCUUGGCCUCACAUCAAGGACAUCUUCCAGAGUAUUGCUGCCAAGGUUGGGACCGGUGAGCCGUGCUGUGACUGGGUGGGCGAUGAGGGGGCUGGCCACUUUGUAAAGAUGGUCCACAACGGUAUCGAGUAUGGAGACAUGCAGCUGAUCUGUGAAGCCUAUCACCUGAUGAAGGACAUUCUCCACAUGUCCCAUGAUGAAAUGUCCAAGGUGUUUGAGGAAUGGAACAAGACAGAACUCGACUCAUUCCUGAUCGAAAUCACGGCGAAUAUCCUCAAAUUUCAGGACUCCAACGGGAAACCUCUGCUGCCGCAAAUCAGGGACUCUGCGGGACAGAAGGGCACGGGGAAAUGGACGGCCAUUUCUUCACUGGAGUUUGGAGUGCCGGUCACUCUUAUUGGUGAGGCUGUAUUCGCAAGGUGCCUGUCUUCGCUGAAAGAUGAGCGGGUAACAGCCAGCAAGCAGUUGUCAGGACCCAAAGGAUCAAAUUUCUCUGGAGAUAAAAAGGGAUUCCUGGAAGAUAUACGCAAGGCUCUCUAUGCUUCAAAGAUCAUCUCCUACGCCCAGGGCUUCAUGCUCCUGAGACAAGCAGCGAAUGAGUUUAACUGGAGUCUGAAUUAUGGUGGGAUUGCACUGAUGUGGAGAGGUGGCUGCAUCAUCAGGAGUGUCUUUCUGGGAAAAAUUAAAGAUGCAUUUGAUGCAAACCCUGGUCUACAGAACUUGCUGGUUGAUAAGUUUUUCAAGUCGGCAGUACAGGACUGUCAGGGUUCCUGGCGUCGUGUGGUUAGCACUGGUGUACAGAUGGGGAUCCCCAUGCCCUGCUUCACUACAGCCCUGUCUUUCUACGAUGGCUACAGGCAUGAAAUGCUUCCGGCCAACCUGAUUCAGGCACAGAGAGAUUACUUUGGUGCUCAUACGUAUGAACUGCUGACCAAGCCUGGGACCUUCAUCCAUACCAACUGGACUGGUCAUGGUGGAAGUGUCUCAUCGUCUUCAUACAACGCCUGAACAGUCCUGCGUAAGCCAGAUACUGGUGGAAUAACAUUCCAUAGACAUUUUUAAAAAAAAUAAAUGUACUCUUUAAUAUUGUAACUUGAGGUAUUGAAAGUCAACCUGCACUGGUGUUGUAAACUAAAAUGAGCAACUGACCUUGAGGAAAUUUCUCUUGAAUAAUAAAACUUGUCUUAGCUAUAACCAC